CUCCAGCUGCGUGAUGUCUCCCCUUCCCAAGGCUCCUGCAGUGAUGUCACCUGCCACAUUGUGAUGCAGCCAGCGGGGGCCCUCACUGGAGGCCAAAGGGAUAGAGCCACCUAAUCUUGGAUUUUCAGCCCCUGAAACUGGGUGCAUGGAGGAAGAAGGAGAUGCCUUCCUUGGCAAACUCUGCUUGCAAUGACAAACAAGAUGGUGGUCAAAUCUGAAGCGGCCAGCAAGCUUGGAUAAAGGAUUUUCUGGCGACUGACAAAGAACCCAGGAACCGACACCCAGGCCUAACCACCGGAGGAGAGCCCCCCAAGGAUUCCAGGACCUGCAGCCUGGGGGCCUCCCUCUUAAGGUCCUGAUGGCUGCCUACCAGGAGGUGUGCGUGUGUGGCUUCGAGGAGUUCAACCAGGCUGUGGAGCAGCACGAGGGCAAGCGCAUUUUCGCCUUGUUUGUGGGUUCUAAGGACGCGGAAGGGAACAGCUGGUGUCCCCUCUGCACGCAGGCUGAGCCUGUCAUUCGAGAGGGCCUGAAGCGUGCCAGCCAAGAAUGUGUGUUCAUCUACUGCCAAGUAGGAGACAAGCCUUACUGGAGAGAUCCAAAUAACGACUUCAGGAAAAAACUGAACGUGACUUCGGUGCCCACGCUCCUGAAAUACGGAACACCUAAAAAACUGGUGGACGCGGAGUGUCGCCAGGCCAACCUCGUAGAGAUGCUCUUCUGUGAAGAUUAGCAUUCCAUGAUGGCGAGUGUGUCUUGAUUUCCUCUGGUAUCAAACUCGACUUGUUCUGAAUUCAUGUUAGCAAGAAAUAAAUGAUAUUUAAAAAUCA